GGAAAUAAUGAGUACGACUAUUCGUGCCUCGCAGCUGGCUUCGUCAAUUUCUCCAAAAACUGAAGAAAAGCAGCCAUCGGUUUUUGAUAUAAUCGCUCAAGAAAAUCUUGCAACAUCAAUCAGACCGGCUUUACAGCAUCUUGUAAAAUAUCUAGCAUUCUUCAAGCCAAAAACAUUUCUUUCGGUUCACCGAAACUUUGAUGAAUACUACAUCAUAUUCGAUCUCAUUUUGCAAAACCACUAUUUGAGAAACUAUGGAGCGUCGUUCACGGAAAACUUUUAUUCUAUGAAGCGAAUAGCAUCAGGCACAGGAAAUCCACCGAACGAUGGUAGGGAAAGAAUAAUGUCGCUUAUUACAUUAGUCGGAUGGCCUUAUGUAGAGAAUAAAUUGAAUCAGCUUUAUGACAGGCUCAAGGAAGUUUACGAAUGCAGAAGCUGGUCAUCAAUUAAUGGCAUGAAAGCAAAGUGUCAAAAAAUGUUUGUGAUCAUUUGGCCAUACAUCAAGACAGCUCUUAAGGCAGUGAAAAGUGCUCUACAACUUGCAUACAUUUUGAACCGCAGCUCCAUUCACUCGCCAUGGCUUUACUUCUCAGGCGUGAUUCUGAAACAUCUUACGCCAGAAGACUUGGAAGCUUUCAAUGCUGUUCCUCUUCAUCUCCAAACUGGAUUCUUCAAUCGCAUCUGGAGAUUUAUUUUGGGACUACCUGGAAUCGUUUCAAGGCUCUUUGCUUAUGGGCUCUUCUUUGUACAGUUUUUGGAUUAUAUGUACAACACAGAUUUGGCAAAACUUACAAAGACUGGCCUUGACGGAGCUAUUCCUUCACCUCCACACAAAAUGAUCAUAUCUGAAUCGGAAAUUUUGAGUUUGGACACCAAUAAAUGCCCAAUUUGUUUGAAGAAAAGAGUUAAUGAUACUGCGCUUUUUGUAUCUGGAUAUGUAUUCUGCUACACAUGUAUCAACCAAUACGUAAACACUUAUAACAAAUGUCCAGUGACAGGAUGCCCGGCAAACGUUCAGCAUUUAAUCCGUUUGUUUGUAUAGCGCUACAAAUUUAAUUUUGAAUCAUGUUACGACAAAUAAAAUUACAAAAAU